AACCAAUUUUCGGGGGUAUAAAAACCAAAAAUUUGGCUUUUUAAGAAUCAAUUAUUAAAUUUCAGUCGAAGCAUAAACUUGAAGAUUGCAUACUAACUCCUAAGCGGCCAUAAAAUGAGACGUGCUUUAAUUUUGGCGACCAUUAUUUGUGUCUUUAGCGUGCUUAAUGUGGCGGAAGCACGUUGGACAACAACUACCAGAAAAAGCAGGACAACGACAACAACAACACCAACAACGAAAGCGACACCUACCACUAUUAAGACAACGACAGCAGCUGCAUCGAAUAAUGCUGAUGAUGACCGCACCUAUCAUCCCGCUGAAGUGCUUAGCCCACGACUCAUUGAGAGAUUUGAUAAACGUUCUUUGGACGGUCAUUACGAGUACAGAUAUGUCUUGAGUAAUGGAGACACUCGUUAUGAACGGGCAUACUGGAUACCAGUUGGUAAAAAGAUGGUUUUAGCAAGAAAAGGAUAUUAUUCCUAUCCAAUGCCAAAUGGAAAAUUUUUGACAGUAUUUUAUACAGCAGAUCAGAACGGUUUCCAUGAAGUAUCCUCAACUAACACACUUCAACAACCUGUGCUGCCACGAAAUCUGGAAGUGCCAGAAUACGCACCUCCAGUUGUGCAGUAUUCGACAACAACAACGAGUGCACAAUCACAAAAAGGCAGCAAACCCAAAGGCACAACAAAAACUUUAGAAAAAUUACAAAGUAAAAGUGAAGUUGAUGAUACUCUUAUGACAACUAUGGUGGCCAACCAUGCUGAAGCAGGAAUAGCAGUAGGAACAGUACAGCCACAACCACAUUCAAGUCAUCAUAACGACAAUACCGCACAAUUGCCAACUACGCAAAAUGCAUUUGACAGUGCAGUUCCAACAACCACAACAGCUGGAAACCGAAAUCCCAAUCUUAAUCCAAGCAUGCAAUACGGAAUUGGAAUGGGAUUGGGAUUGGGCGCAAAUGCUGUCGCAGGGUUAGGAAUGACAGGAUAUGAAGCUGUUGCUGUAGGAAAUGAUAGUUUUGAAAGUGUCACAUCAAACGCAAUGGUUAAAGCGGAUUAAAUUCUACUCUCGGCAAGAGUGAUGAGCUGUGUUUAGAGUGCAGCUUGUAGGUUCCAGCUGCAGUUCUGGACAUGCGUACUUAUCUCACUCCAAUUUAGUUUUUAAUUAUUAAAUGACAAAUUCCAACAUUAA